AUGGAAAUUAUAUCUGGUCAAUGUGAACAAGAGAACCCAUCACUGGCACAAGCUAAUCUUUCUAUAAAGGAGAAACUUCUCAAGAAUAUUUUUGUCACAGGAUUAAAUCCCAAAAACCAGCUGGUAGCAGAAGAAUGCGGAAAAUAUCUUCUAUUAGAAGGUUUAGAUUGUGCAUCCAAAUCUGAGACAGGCUCUUCCGAUCUUGAGAAU